GCCUCGCUAGGGUGUUGGUUUCCUUUCAGUUCUCUGCUUCCAACCUGUCCACUGGCUGACCCAGGCCGGUUUCUGCUCCCCGUUGCGGAGAACCAACGCGCCCCUCAUUGCGCACAGCUUUUCCAAUCCUGAGCGCAGGCAUAUGUUGAUUGUCCUUCAGCUAUGGAGAAGCUCUGUGGGCAUGUGCCUGUCCAUUCAAACAUCCUCUCCUUGAAGAACCAGUGCCUGACCAUGCUCCCUGACCUCCAGCCCCUGGAGAAAAUACAUGGACAUAGAUCUGUCCACCCAGACAUCCUCUCCUUGGAGAACCGGUGCCUGACCAUGCUCCCUGACCUCCAGCCCCUGGAGAAAAUACAUGGACAUAGAUCUGUCCACCCAGACAUCCUCUCCUUGGAGAACCAGUGCCUGACCAUGCUCCCUGACCUCCAGCCCACAGAGAGAAUAGAUGGGCAUAUAUCUGUCCACCCAGACAUCCUUUCCUUGGAGAACCGGUGCCUGACCAUGCUCCCCGACCUCCAGCCCCUGGAGAAGCUAUGUGGACAUAUAUCUAGUCAUCCAGAUGUCCUCUCUUUGGAAAACCGAUGUCUAACUACGCUCCCCACUGUAAAGAGCACUGCAUCGACCAGCCCCUUGUUCCAGGGUCUUCCCAUAUCUCACGUGGCACAAGCUGAUCUGCAUAGCCUGAAAACUAGCAACUGCCUGUUCCCCGAGCCUCCUACCCAGAAGGCUUCAUGUUUCUCUGAAGAACUAGACCUUCUGACUGGAUCCAGGGCCCUGAAAUCCAUGUCUGCUACAGCUCGAGUUCAGGAAGUAGCUUUGGGUCAGUGGUGUGUCUCUGAAGAAAAGGAAUUUCAAGAAGAAGAAAGUGCAGAAGCCCCAAUGCCUUUGUACAGUCUCAGCUUGGGAGAAGAAGAAGAGGUGGAGGCACCGGUCUUAAAACUCACAUCUGGAGACUCUGGCUUUCAUCCUGAAACCACUGACCAGAUCCUUCAGGAGAAGAAGAUGGCUCUCUUGACCUUACUCUGCUCUGCUCUGGCCUCUAAUGUGAAUGUGAAAGAUGCAUCUGACCUCACCCGGGCAUCCAUCCUUGAAGUCUGUAGUGCACUGGCCUCCUUGGAACCUGAGUUCAUCCUUAAGGUAUUGCAGUAUGAAGGAGUGGGGCGAAGAGGAGAUAUUAAUGUAGUUAUGAGCCUAGCAGAAGGGGAUGAGAAGAAGUUGGUGCCCCUGCCUGCCUGCCUCCGAGCUGCCAUGACUGACAAAUUUGCCGAGUUUGAUGAGUACCAGCUAGCAAAGUACAACCCACAGAAACAUCGGUCCAAGAGGCGGUCCCGCCAGCCACCCCGCCCUCACAAGACAGAACGUCCAUUUUCAGAGAGAGGGAAAUGUUUUCCAAAGAGCCUUUGGCCCCUUAAAAAUGAACAGAUUAUGUUUGAAGCAGCUUAUAAUGCAGUGCCAGAGAAAAAAAGGCCACCAAGGUUCACUCUGAAGAAGCUGGUAGAACAUCUGCAUAUCCACGAGCCUGCCCAGCACGUCCAGGCCCUGCUGGGCUACAGGUACCCGGCCACCCUAGAGCUUUUUUCUCGGAGUCACCUCCCCGGGCCAUGGGACUCUAGCCGAGCUGGUCAGCGGAUGAAGCUCCGAAGGCCAGAGACCUGGGAGCGGGAGCUGAGCUUACGGGGAAACCAAGCUUCUGUGUGGGAGGAGCUCAUAGACAAUGGAAAACUCCCCUUCAUGGCCAUGCUCCGGAACCUGUGUAACCUGCUGCGGACUGGGAUCAGUGCCCGCCAUCAUGAGCUUGUUCUCCAGAGACUUCAGCAUGAGAAAUCUGUGGUUCACAGUCGGCAGUUUCCAUUCAGAUUCCUUAAUGCUCAUGACUCUAUCGAUAAACUUGAGGCUCAGCUCAGAAGUAAAGCAUCACCCUUCCCUUCUAAUACAACAUUGAUGAAGCAGAUAAUGAUUAGAAACUCAAAAAAAAUCAGGAGGCCCGCCAAUCGGAGGCACCUGUGCACCCUGACGCGCCGGCAGCUUCGGGCAGCAAUGACUAUUCCUGUGAUGUAUGAGCAACUCAAGCGGGAGAGACUGAGGCUGCACAAGGCCAGACAGUGGGACUGUGAUGUUGGAUUGCUGGAGCGGUACCGCCAGGCCCUGGAAACAGCUGUGACCGUCUCAGUAAAGCACAACCUGUCCCCGAUGCCUGGCCGAACCCUCUUGGUCUAUCUCACAGAUGCAGAUGCCGACAGGCUCUGUCCCAAGAGUCACUCACAAGGGCCUCCCCUGAACUAUGUGCUGCUGUUGAUCGGAAUGAUGAUGGCUCGAGCCGAGCAAGUGACUGUUUGCUUGUGUGGGAGAGGAUCUGUGAAGACACCGGUACUUACGGCCGAUGAAGGCAUCCUGAAGACUGCCAUCAAACUUCAGGCUCAAGUCCAGGAGUUAGAAGACAAUGAUGAGUGGCCCCUGGACACUUUUGGGAAGCAUCUGCUGUCUCUGGCUGUCCAAAGGACCCCCAUUGACCGAGUCAUCCUGUUUGGCCAAAGGAUGGAUACUGAGCUCCUGAAUGUAGCCAAACAGAUUAUCUGGCAGCAUGUGAAUUCCAAGUGCCUCUUUGUUGGUGUCCUCCUACAGAAAACACAGUACAUAUCACCAAAUUUGAAUCCCAACGAUGUGACACUCUCAGGCUGCACAGACGGGAUCCUGAAGUUCAUUGCCGAGCAUGGAGCCUCUCGUCUCCUGGAACAUGUGGGACAACUAGAUAAACUCUUCAAGAUCCCCCCACCCCCAGGAAAGACACAGGUUCCAUCUCUCCGGCCACUGGAGGAGAACAUCCCUGGUCCCUUGGGUCCUGUUUCCCAGCACGGAUGGCGCAACAUCCGGCUUUUCAUUUCAUCCACUUUCCGUGACAUGCAUGGGGAGCGAGAUUUGCUGAUGAGAUCUGUUCUGCCGGCACUGCAGGCCCGAGUGUUCCCCCACUGCAUCAGUCUUCACGCCAUUGACCUGCGCUGGGGUAUCACGGAGGAAGAGACCCGUAGGAACAGACAACUUGAAGUGUGCCUUGGGGAGGUGGAGAACUCACAGCUGUUCGUGGGGAUUCUGGGCUCCCGCUAUGGCUACAUCCCCCCCAACUAUGAUCUGCCUGACCAUCCCCACUUUCACUGGACCCAGGAGUACCCUUCAGGGCGCUCCGUGACAGAGAUGGAGGUGAUGCAGUUCCUGAACCGUGGCCAACGCUCGCAGCCCUCGGCCCAAGCACUCAUCUACUUCCGAGAUCCCAAUUUCCUUAGCUCUGUGCCAGAUGCCUGGAAACCUGACUUUAUUUCUGAAUCAGAAGAGGCUGCACAUCGGGUCUCAGAGCUGAAGAGAUACCUACACGAACAGAAAGAGGUUACCUGUCGCAGCUACUCCUGUGAAUGGGGAGGUGUAGCAGCUGGCCGGCCCUAUGCUGGGGGCCUGGAGGAGUUUGGACAGUUGGUUCUCCAGGAUGUGUGGAGCGUGAUCCAGAAGCAGCACCUGCAGCCUGGGGCCCAGUUGGAGCAGCCAGCAUCCAUCUCAGAAGAUGAUUUGGUCCAGACCAGCUUUCAGCAGCUGAAGAACCCACCGAGUCCUGCACGGCCACGCCUUCUUCAGGAUACAGUGCAGCAGCUGAUGCUGCCCCAUGGGAGGCUGAGCCUAGUGACUGGGCAGGCAGGACAGGGAAAGACUGCCUUUCUGGCAUCCCUUGUGUCUGCCCUGAAGGUCCCUGACCAGCCCAACAAGCCCCCGUUCGUUUUCUUCCACUUUUCAGCAGCCCGCCCUGACCAGUGUCUUGCUCUCAACCUCCUCAGACGCCUCUGUACCCAUCUGCGUCAAAAACUGGGAGAGCUGAGUGCCCUCCCCAGCACUUACAGAGGCCUGGUGUGGGAACUGCAGCAGAAGCUGCUCCUCAAAUCCGCUCAGUUGCUUCAGCCUGCUCAGACUUUGGUCCUUAUCAUCGAUGGGGCAGAUAAGUUGGUGGAUCAGAACGGACAGCUGAUUUCAGACUGGAUCCCCAAGUCUCUUCCGAGGCGAGUACACCUGGUGCUGAGUGUGUCCAGUGACUCAGGCCUGGGCGAGACCCUUCAGCAAAGUCAGGGUGCUUAUGUGGUGGCCUUGGGCUCUUUGGUCCCAUCUUCAAGGGCUCAGCUUGUGAGAGAAGAGCUAGCACUGUAUGGGAAACGACUGGAGGAGUCACCUUUUAACAACCAGAUGCGGCUGCUGCUGGCAAAGCAGGGUUCAAGCCUGCCAUUGUACCUGCACCUCGUCACUGACUACCUGAGGCUCUUCACACUGUAUGAACAGGUGUCUGAGAGACUUCGAACCCUGCCCGCCACUCUCCCACUGCUGCUGCAGCACAUCCUGAGCACCUUGGAGCAAGAGCAUGGCCAUGAUGUCCUUCCUCGGGCUUUGACUGCCCUUGAGGUCACACGCAGUGGUCUGACUGUGGCCCAGCUACAUGCAGUCCUGAGCACAUGGCUGAUUUUGCCCAAGGAGACUAAGAGCUGGGAAGAAGCGGUGGCUGCCAGUCACAGUGGAAACCCUUACCCCUUGGGUCCGUUUGCCUACCUUGUCCAGAGCCUACGCAGUUUACUAGGGGAGGGCCCGGUGGAGCGCCCUGGUGCCCGUCUCUGCCUCUCUGAUGGGCCCCUGAGGACAACAGUUAAACGUCGCUAUGGGAAAAGACUGGGACUAGAGAAGACAGCACAUGUCCUCAUUGCAGCUCACCUCUGGAAGAUGUGUGAUCCUGAUGCCUCGGGCACCUUCCGAAGUUGCCCUCCUGAGGCUCUGAAAGAUUUACCUUACCACUUGCUCCAGAGCGGGAACCGUGGUCUCCUUGCCGAGUUUCUUACCAAUCUCCAUGUGGUUGCUGCAUAUCUGGAAGUGGGUCUAGUCCCCGACCUCUUGGAGGCUCAUGUGCUCUAUGCUUCUUCAAAGCCUGAAGCCAACCAGAAGCUCCCGGAGGCAGAUGUUGCUGUUUUCCAUACCUUCCUGAGACAACAGGCUUCACUCCUUACCCAGUAUCCUUUGCUCCUGCUCCAGCAGGCAGCUAGCCAGCCUGAAGAGUCACCUGUUUGCUGCCAGGCCCCCCUGCUCGCCCAGCGAUGGCAUGGCCAGUUCACACUGAAAUGGAUUAAUAAACCCCAGACCUUGAAGGGUCAGCAAAGCUUGUCUUUGACAAUCUCCUCAUCCCCAACUGCUGUGGCCUUCUCCCCUAAUGGGCAAAGAGCAGCUGUGGGGACCGCCAGUGGGACAAUUUACCUGCUGAACUUGAGAACCUGGCAGGAGGAGAAAGCUCUGGUGAGUGGCUGUGACGGGAUUUCCUCUUUUGCAUUUCUCUCGGACACUGCCCUUUUCCUUACUACCUUCGACGGGCUCCUGGAGCUUUGGGACCUGCAACAUGGUUGUUGGGUGUUUCAGACCAAGGCCCACCAGUACCAAAUCACUGGCUGCUGCCUGAGCCCAGACCGCCGCCUGUUGGCCACUGUGUGUUUGGGAGGAUACCUAAAGCUGUGGGACACAGUCCGGGGACAGCUGGCUUUCCAGUACACCCAUCCCAAGUCUCUCAACUGCGUUGCCUUCCACCCAGAGGGGCAGGUGGUAGCCACAGGCAGCUGGGCUGGCAGCGUUACCUUCUUCCAGUCAGAUGGACUCAAAGUCACCAAGGAACUAGGGGCCCCAGGACCCUCUGUCUGUACUCUGGCAUUCAACGCACCUGGGAAGGUUGUGGCUGUGGGCCGGAUAGAUGGGACAGUGGAGCUGUGGGCCUGGCAAGAGGGUGCCCGGCUGGCGGCCUUCCCUGCACAGUGUGGCUGUGUCUCUGCUGUUCUUUUCUUGCAUGCUGGAGGCCAGUUCCUGACGGCUGGAGAAGAUGGCAAGGCUCAGUUAUGGUCAGGAUUUCUUGGCCGGCCUAGGGGUUGCCUGGGCUCUCUUCCUCUUUCUCCUGCACUCUCUGUGGCUCUCAACCCAGACGGUGACCUGGUGGCUGUUGGGUACCGAGAAGAUGGCAUUAAAAUCUACAAGAUUUCUUCAGGUUCCCAGGAGGCUCAGCGUCAAGAGCUAAAUGUGGCGGUGUCUGCACUGGUGUGGCUGAGCCCUAGUGUUUUGGUGAGUGGUGCAGAAGAUGGAUCUCUGCAUGGUUGGAUGCUCAAGGGAAACUCCCUUCAUUCCCUGUGGCUGUUGUCAAGAUACCAGAAGCCUGUGCUGGGACUGGCCACCUCCCAGGGACUCUUAGCUGCUGCCUCAGAGGACUUCACUGUGCGACUGUGGCCCAGACAACUGCUGACACAGCCACAUGCGGUAGAAGAGUUGCCCUGUGGUGCUGAACUCCGGGGACAUGAGGGGCCAGUGUGCUUCUGUAGCUUCAGCCCUGAUGGAGGCAUCUUGGCCACGGCGGGCAGGGAUCGGAAUCUCCUCUGCUGGGAUGUGAAGAUAGCCCAAGCCCCUCUCCUGAUUCACACUUUCUCGUCCUGUCAUCGUGACUGGAUCACUGGCUGUACAUGGACCAAAGACAAUAUCCUGGUCUCCUGCUCGAGUGAUGGUUCUGUGGGACUCUGGAACCCAGAGGCAGGGCAGCAACUUGGCCAGUUCUCGGGUCACCAGAAUGCUGUGAGCUCCGUGGUUGCUGUGGAGGAACACAUUGUAUCUGUGAGCCGAGAUGGGACGUUGAAAGUGUGGGACCAUCAGGGUGUAGAGCUGACCAGCAUCCCUGCCCAUUCUGGACCCAUCAGCCAGUGUGCAGCUGCUCUGGAGCCCCGUCCAGGGGGACAGCCUGGAUCAGAGCUUCUGGUGGUGACUGUUGGACUAGAUGGGGCCACAAAGUUGUGGCAUCCCCUGUUGGUGUGCCAAAUACGUACUCUCCAGGGACACAGUGGCCCAGUCACAGCAGCUGCUGCUUCAGAGGCCUCAGGCCUCCUGCUGACCUCAGAUAAUAGCUCUGUACAGCUCUGGCAGAUACCGAAGGAGGCAGAUGAUUCAUACAAACCUAGGAGUUCUAUGGCCAUCACUGCUGUGGCAUGGGCACCAGAUGGUUCUAUGGUGGUGUCCGGAAAUGAAGCUGGGGAACUAACACUGUGGCAGCAAGCCAAGGCUGUGGCUACCGCACAGGCUCCAGGCCGCAUCAGUCACCUGCUCUGGUACUCGGCAAAUUCAUUCUUUGUUCUCAGUGCUAAUGAAAAUGUCAGCGAGUGGCAAGUGGAACUGAGGAAAGGUUCGACAUCCACCAAUUCCAGUCUUCAUCUGAAGAGAGUUCUGCAGGAGGACUUGGGAGUCUUGACAGGUCUGGGUCUGGCCCCUGAUGGCCAGUCUCUCAUCUUGAUGAAAGAGGAUGUAGAAUUACUACAGAUGAAGCCUGGGUCUAUUCCAUCUUCGAUCUGCAGGAGGUAUGGAGUCCACUCUUCAAUACUGUGCACCAGCAAGGAGUACGGCAUGUUUUACCUGCAGCAGGGGGGCUCCGGAUUACUUUCUAUAUUGGAGCAAAAGGAGUCAGGAGAGUUUGAAGAGAUCCUGGACUUCAAUCUCAACUUAAAUAAUCCUAAUGGGUCCCCAGUAUCAAUCACUCAGGCCAAACCUGAGUCUGAAUCAUCGCUUUUGUGUGCCACCUCUGAUGGGAUGCUGUGGGAUUUAUCUGAAUGUACCCCAGAGGGAGAAUGGAUCGUAGAUAACAUUUGGCAGAAAAAAGCAAAAAAACCUAAAACUCAGACUCUGGGGACAGAUUUGUCCCCGCACUCAGAGGUGGAUUUCUCCAUGGUUAGCUGGACUGAACCCACACAUUUAAAGGCACGGCAGUGUAAAAAGAUCCACUUGGGCUCCAUCACAGCCCUCCAUGUGCUUCCUGGAUUGCUGGUGACGGCUUCGAAGGAUAGAGAUGUUAAGCUGUGGGAGAGACCCAGUAUGCAGCUGUUGGGCUUGUUCCGAUGUGAAGGGCCAGUGAGCUGUCUGGAACCUUGGAUGGAGCCCAGCUCUCCCCUGCAGCUUGCUGUGGGAGACACACAAGGAAACUUGUAUUUUCUAUCUUGGGAAUGAAGAUGCAGUACUUAGGACAAAAAUGAUGUCAACGGAUGCUGCUAGCCUGAAGACACCAGUGUCUAUACUCUUAAUAACAUUAUAAAAAUAAAGU